AUGUCUAGAAGAAGUAUACGUCUACCAGCGGAGGUCAGCAGAAUUCUAUACGUCAGAAAUUUACCUUAUAAAAUAUCUGCAGAUGAAUUGUAUGACAUUUUUGGAAAAUAUGGAACAGUCAGGCAAAUAAGAAAAGGAAAUGCUGAAGGCACAAAAGGAACAUCUUUUGUCGUGUAUGACGAUAUUUAUGAUGCCAAAAAUGCUCUAGAUCAUUUAUCAGGUUUCAAUGUUGCGGGGAGGUAUCUCGUGGUUUUAUAUUACGAUCCUGUAAAGGCCCAGAAGAAGAAAGAGUUACAGGAAAAACUAAAAAAAGAGGAGGAAGAGGAGGAGAAGAAGAAGUAG